AUGCUCACCUCUGCAAACAAGUAUGUCAAAAGAAUUUUGCGGUUUAUCGGUGCAGUGAUUUUUGAAGUUUCGCAACAACGCGGACGGCUGUUUCGUCGCACCCACCCAUCAGUUUCAAGUUACAUAGUGCAUCUAUGUGAUUUUUGUUGUCAAUCUGCUUACUCUGGCUUUACUUACAUACCAUGGUUUUGGUUACCCAAAAAAAAAAAUGUCCAUCAAUUUUUAGAGGUUUGA